AUGCCUUCGCCAGCUGGACAAUGUCUGAGUUGGUUCGCCAUGCUGGCAGCCUGCGCGGUGACGUAUGCGAGCACGAGUGCUCCUGAGCAGCUUCCUGAGGGAGGGAGAGCGAGUUGGCUCGUCACAAGAAGCAUGCCUUCUGGAUCUACGGGAAGAAGCUCGCAUGAAAAGCAGUCCUUGCGCUACCUGGUACAAGGCUCUUGCAACCAGACGUGCGGAGCCAACGCUGGCACCUGCUGGUGCGACGAAGUUUGCCAUAAUUUCGGAGACUGUUGUCCGGACAAGUGCCUUUACUGCUUCAACCCCCUGUGCUCAAACUCCUCCUCCCCUUCCGCCAUGGAAAACUCGACUCGUCCUCCGACCGUUCCAGUAUGCGGAGACGGUGUAAUCUCCGGCUCUGAAGUGUGCGACGACGGCAACACUGUCGACGGAGACGCGUGCUCUGCUGACUGCUCUGCUGCAAACAACAUCAUCUACGACUGCUCCGACCCCAUCUUCUCCGGCAUACAGCUCGACUACUCCGUCGACAAUCUCCGCAAUUGUGAACUCUGCUUCGACGUCGUGUACGGUCAAGGCAACGACGACGCCGACGUCGAGCGGUGCAAGAGCAGAGAGUACCUUGUGCUUGCUGCCAUGCCUCCUGGGCAGUCCUCCAACGUGAGCGGAAGCAAUCUAACUGUACUGACGCUCGCCGCCAUCUUCAGAUCCAGCAACUUCAACAAGACCACCAGCUACUACGAGGCGGCAGGACCAGAGUUCGGAACGUGGAGGUACUGGGUGGAAGGAUGGAGCAUGGGCUUUGCUCCAUCCAGUCAGAUCUGGUUGAACUCAGCAGACACUUGGGACUCCAAUCUUCAUCCCGUCAACAAGUCUGAGUCUGACUGCCAGUACAGGCUGAGCUGGCACUGGAAACAAGGCGGCUGGCGGGCAGGAUGUACCACAUGGCUCAACGGUGACGAGCAAUGGCGCAAGCAGAUGUACUCUUGCCCGCAGUCUUGGUCCUGCACGCCGAGGAAGGAGAAGUGUGUCAUGACGGCGACAUGGGACGAGAUUGUGCAUGAGCUCACGACCAGUACGGGCAGAUUCGUAGCAGGAGGGCUCGGGCACUUGAUGGAGCAAGGAGUGAGAGAAACGUGGCUGUGCCAGUAUGGACACGAGUGUGCUCCUAAGGGAGAUGCCAUGUGCUUCAUGUACAACGAGGAGACGAAGAGCUUCGAGGUGUGGGACCUCCUCUCCGUGUUGAAGCUUUUGUGA